AUGGCUCCAGGACUCUUAAACGAAGAACACAACCCAUCGGGAAUUCCAGUUUCGAAGAAAAAUGUAGUCAGCACGAGAGAGCUGGUCGAGUCUGAGAAAGGCUCGCACGACAUUGUCCUCAAGUCAUUUCGAUUACUGAUUGCAGACUUAUGUCAACAAUUCGGGGGAGGGCACCCUGGCGGUGCCAUAGGAAUGGCUGCUAUCGGCAUAGCUCUUUGGAAAUACGUUAUGCGAUACGCACCACACUCCCCCGAUUACUUCAACCGUGAUAGAUUUGUGCUUUCGAACGGCCACUGCUGCCUUUUCCAAUACGCUUUUCUACACCUCACAGGCUACAAAGCCAUGACUUUUGACCAGCUGAAGUCUUAUCACUCUGAGCGAUACGACGCAAUUUGCCCUGGACAUCCUGAGAUCGAGCAUGAAGGCAUUGAAGUGACGACGGGCCCACUUGGUCAGGGUAUCGCCAACGCGGUCGGCCUCGCCAUGGCAACUAAGCACCUCGCGGCAACUUUCAACAGACCUGGCUAUGAUGUUGUGUCAAAUCACACAUGGUGUAUGAUCGGUGAUGCUUGUCUUCAAGAAGGUGUAGGAUUGGAAGCCAUUUCCCUGGCGGGUCAUUUGCAGCUGAACAACCUUACCGUCAUCUACGACAAUAACCAGGUGACAUGCGACGGCUCAGUAGAUUUGGUUAACACCGAAAACAUUAACGACAAGAUGAAGGCCACUGGCUGGAACGUCAUCGACAUCAAGGACGGCUGUUUCGACAUUGCCGGUAUCACAGAUGCUCUGGAGCAGUCCAAAAAGUCCGAUAAGCCCACCUUCAUCAACGUCCGCACCAUUAUCGGUUUGGGUAGCAAGGUGCAGGGACUCGCAGAUGCCCACGGUGCUGCAUUCGGUGUAGAAGAUGUUGCGAACAUGAAGCGUGCCUAUGGCUUCAACCCAGACGACCACUUCGCUCUAGGCCAGCCUGUCCGCGACUUUUUUGACGGUCUUCCCGCGAGGGGAAACCAGUAUGUCAAGGCUUGGGAGACCCUGGUGGGCGACUAUGCCAAGGAGUAUCCUGAUCUGGCAGCACGGUUCCAAAAGAGGGUCAAGGGUGAACUGACCGGAUGGGAAGAGCUUAUCCCCAAGUCGUUCACCGACAAGCCCACUGCUUCGCGAGCGUCGUCCGGCUUGGUUUUCAACCCUGUGGCUGAGAAGAUCGACAGCUUCAUGGUCGGCACAGCAGACCUGUCUCCCUCAGUCAACAUGAUAUGGCCGGGCAAGGAAGACUUCCAGAACCCCAACAUAAAAACCACAUGUGGUAUCAACGGGACAUAUGCUGGAAGAUACAUCCACUACGGUGUCCGCGAGCACGUCAUGUGUGCAGUUUCAAACGGCCUCGCCGCCUUCAACCCCGGCACAAUUAUUCCUGUGACCUCGUCGUUCUUCAUGUUCUACUUGUACGCAGCACCUGCUGUGAGAAUGGGCGCUCUCCAGCAUCUACAGGUAAUCCACGCCGCCACACACGACUCUAUUGGCAUGGGCGAGGACGGACCCACGCACCAGCCAAUCGAGAACGCCGCAUACUUCCGCGCGCUGCCGAACCUCUUAUACAUUCGACCGGGUGACAGCGAAGAGACCGCCGGUGCAUGGAUUGCGGCCAUCAAGGCCAAGGGCACCCCUUCCCUCAUCUCUACUAGCCGACACAAGCUGCCCCAGCUGAAGAAUACAAAGAGAGAAGGAGUCCUCAAGGGUGCAUACGUCCUUGAGGAGAACGACAAGGCUACGCUCACCUUGAUCGGCGUCGGUGCCGAGCUGUCUCACGCUGUCGGCGUGGCUGAGAAGCUCAAGCAAAAAGGCAUCGAGGCCAGAGUGGUCAGUAUGCCGUGCCAGAGGCUCUUCGAGCAACAGUCGCGUGAGUACAAGCGCGACGUCUUGAGACGGCAUCGCAUGCCCUCGGUUGUCAUCGAGCCGUACGCGCCGAACGGAUGGGAGAGAUACGCCGACGCUGCAGCGUGUAUGACGAGGUUUGGGCACAGUCUUCCCGGAACAUCGGCUUACAAGUACUUCGGAUUUGACGUCGACACGCUGACAACCAAGGUCACCGGAUAUUUGGACCAACUCGAGGCUGAUGAGCUGUUGCGACAUGAGUUUGUUGAGAUUUAA